AGAACAGAGCGGACGUACACAUACCCUCGGUUGGUAGCCCACCGACAACAGCACCCGUCGCCGGCACUUCUGCAGAGACCGUUUCUCGUCUCGUCACGCUCGCUCCUACACAAUGAAGUCCAGCCUCCUCCUGUCCCUCCUGGGCGCCGCCGCCCCGCUGUUCGCGGCGCCCACGGCGGCAGGCCAGCGGCAGCAGGAGCAGCCGUCCACGCUGGUGCGCCGCGCCUCGGACCCAUCGCAGCUCGUGCCCAACCGCUUCAUCGUGCUGCUCAAGCCCGACACGGCGGCCGCCGAAGUCGCGGCCCACCACGCGCACGUGCGGCGCAUGGUGCUGACCAGGCGCGACGGCGGCAGCACCAGCAGCGGUGGCAUCGACCGCGUCUUCCACAUCGGGUCCGACUUCAGCGCCUACGUGGGCGACUUUGACGACGCCACCGCCGAGGCGAUCGCGCGCCUGCCGGGCGUCGCCAGCGUCGAGCAGGACGCCAUCGUUACGGUGGAGCAGACCAAGCCCCCCAGCGCGGCGGCCGCCGUGGCGCGGCGGGCCGUCCAGACGCAGAGCGAGGCGCCGUGGCAGCUCGGGGACAUCUCGCACCGCGACCGGGGCGCCAAGGACUACGUCUACGACGGCGCGGCGGGCGCGGGCUCGUACGUGUACGUGCUCGACACGGGCGUCCGGUCCAGCCACGCCGAGUUCGGCGGCCGCGUGCGCUUCGGCAUCAACGGCCUCACCGGCUCCACGGCCGCGCCGGCGCCCGAGAACCGCGACCGGGAGGGCCACGGCACCCACUGCGCCGGCCUCGCCGCCGGCGCCACGUACGGCGUGGCCAAGAAGGUUGAAAUUGUCGACGUCAAGGUCAUGGGUGACAAUGGCGCGGGAACUAUGUCUUCGGUCAUCACCGGCAUCAACUGGGCCGUCAACGACAUCCUGUCCCGCAACAUCCAGAAGAAGGCAGUGAUCAACUUGUCUCUCGGAUCCCAAGCUAUCGGCAGCGAACUCACCGCGACCGAGUCUGCUGUUAUUGCAGCGUACAACCAGGGCAUCGCGUCACUUUGCGCAGCCGGGAACGAGGAUUCCCCAGCCUCUACAAGGUCACCGGGUAGGAUCCCGCAGUGCAUCACUGUCGGCAUGACCAACGCGGCCCGCAGCCGCGCCUCGCCCCGGCCGCGCAUCUUUGGCAGCAACUACGGCCCCGAGCUGGACAUCUUCGCGCCGGGCGACGACGUGCGCGCCGCGGGCAUCGCGUCCGACUCGGCCAUCGUGGCCAAGAGCGGCACCAGCAUGGCGACCCCGAUCGUGGCCGGCGCCGUCUCGUACCUGCGCUCCAUCGAGGGCGGCCUCGACACGCCCGAGCAGGUGCGCGCCCGCCUCGUCGCGCUGUCCCUCAAGGACGUGGUCGGGGACGUCAGGGACUCGCCGAACCGGCUGCUCAACAACAACAGUGGGCUAUAAGGGGCCUGUUGGGGGUGUUUGUUUGGUCGAAUGGAUAACGACAGUCUUUUUGUAUGCAUUUAGGUCUUGUCUUUGAUGAAAUACAUUGUCGUCAUAUGAUCCCCCAUAUAUGCUUUCGCUAUAUGCACCC